CGGGGGCGGCGCGGGGGCCUCCUCUUCCUCCGCGGGCGGCGGCAAGCGCGGCAUCCCCCAGCCCGGGAGGCCGCUAACAAAGGCUCCGCGCCGGCCGCGGCGGCUCCGGCUGCCCCCGCUCCCCCCGCUCGAGAUGGCGUCCCUCGGCCUGGGGGGGCUCGGCGCCUCCGCCCGCAGGAAGAGCGUCCCGUCCCGCAACGCCGCGGUGGAGAGGCGGAACUUGAUCACGGUCUGCAGGUUUUCGGUCAAGACCUUGAUUGACCGUUCCUGCUUUGAGACGAUAGAUGACUCUUCUCCUGAAUUUAAUAAUUUUGCAGCCAUUCUGGAACAGAUUCUAAGUCAUCGACUGAAAGGUCAGAUCACCUGGUUUGGUUAUGAAAGUACUCGUAGUUUUUGGGACUACAUUCGGGUGGCUUGCCGAAAAGUCUCUCACAAUUCCAUCUGCAGUAUUGAGAACAUGGAGAAUGUCGGUUCUUCUAGAGCUAAGGGUCGAGCCUGGAUCAGAGUAGCACUUAUGGAAAAACAUUUGUCUGAAUAUAUUUCCACUGCACUGAGAGACUUCAAAACUACCAGGAGAUUUUAUGAGGAUGGAGCAAUAGUUCUUGGUGAAGAAGCAAAUAUGCUUGCUGGUAUGCUGCUGGGACUCAAUGCAAUUGAUUUCAGUUUUUGUCUGAAGGGUAAGGGAUUGGAUGGCACCUUUCCAGCUGUCAUAGAUUACACACCCUACCUGAAGUUCAUCGAAAGUUCUGACAGCAUCAGCAGUGAUGAAGAAGAGCUGAGAACACUGGGCAGUAGUGGCAGUGAAGGCAGUACUCCAGAGAACAUUGGUUCUGUCAUCGUGGAUGAACACAGUUGGUAUAACAAAUGCAAAAGGGUAGAACAGAAGUACCGCCUCGCGUUGGAACAGAAGGGUUAUCUUGAGGAGCUGGUACGACUUAGAGAAAACCAGCUAUCUGAAUCUGUCUCACAGAAUAAACUGCUCCUACAAAGAAUUGAAGAUAUGGAUCUAGCCCAUAAAAUGGAGAAGGAACAGCUGGAAUAUAUCAUUAUGGAACUGCAAGACCAGUUUUGGUCAACAUUGUUUGUGUUGGAGAGCAUCAGGAAAGCUGCCACAAGUAUUUGGCCCAGGGCAGGGAUGGGAGGGUCACGCGUGAAGGCACGAGGCUGUAGGGAUGUGGGCUCUACCUCUGCUGUCAAGACCAAAGCAGAUGGAAGCUUGUCCAAGGAAAUAGAAGCAGAAGAGUCUGAGCAGAGGACUGUGCUAAAGAAUAAUGACUUGAGAUCAAGACAAGAAUUGACUACUCACCUCACCAAUCAGUGGCCUUCCCCAGGAGCUCUGGAUGUCAAUGCUGUUGCCUUGGACACUCUACUCUAUAGGAAGCACAAUCAGCAAUGGGAUGAGAAAAGUUUUCAAAGUUUGGACCAACUUUCAGCAGACGUCAGCCUUUCUCAAACCUCUCUGGAUCCAGGUCACUCACAGGACGGAAAGCAGGAUGGAAUAAACUUGUUAAACGAAGGAAAGGAGGACACUCCGUCACUGCUUGGUCUUUGUGGUUCUCUUACUUCAGUGGCAAGCUACAAAUCUCUCACAAGUCUGAAAUCAAGUGAAUAUCUUGCAAGUCCCACGACAGAGAUGACAAGUCCAGGCUUAACACCAUCUUGAGAUGCACACAAGCAGGAAGGACUUUAUGUUGUAUGCAUUUGGUUUAUGUUCCACAAUAUGACUUCCAAUGAAGACUGCUAGUUCAAAGGCAAAAAUAAGCUGCUUUAUUUUUUCUUCUCGUGGUUACCUGUUUAAUUCUCCAAGUUUUCAUUCCAGCUUUUCUUCCCCCCGAGGGCUUUUUCAAAUUUCCUGCUUCAGUCCUGAAUUGUUUAACUCUUGGUCAGGUACAGCACACGCAUUCUGACGCUUCUGACUGAUUUUUAAAAUGAAGCACUUGGAAAUCAGUCUCCUACUUAACUGCCACAACCUUUGUUUCUCCUUGCAGUGGUUAUCAGCCUGGCUCUACUAUAGCCUGGUGCUUCUCUUCAGUGCUCUAAAUAUCAACUCUUGCAGAAGAGACAGGAAAACUUAAAGCCAGUCUUUGUAGGCAAAUAAAUAUUUUACUUAAAAAUCCAUAUUUUCAUCUGUGUGUGUUGCAUAGGACCUCAAAUAGCGUAUUUAACCUGUCAAGAGCUCUUCUCAAGUUGAUUCAGUGUUAGAUUUUGCAUUCCUAUUAGCAUCAUGGCAGUAAUGAGACAGCUGAAUCACACUGAAGAACCACACUGAAGCACUCUUAGUAAUUCUUGAAGUUGCAUGACAGUAACAAAUGUAAGUUGAUCAUCUAAGUCAAGCAUACUUAGCAAAUUGUAAAUAUUGAGGAAGCUUGCCAAAUUUCAAGCUUUUGAGUGACCUGGCUUACAGAUAAUUUAAUAUUAUAUGAGAAAUUUCUUGGCUUAUUGAUCUUACUGGAAAAAGAGGGACUGAGGAAGAUGGGGUUAGCUCCUUGCAAAGUUUGGCUCGUAUUUAUUGGCAAGAUUACAGUUACAGUUGGUUUGCCUCUUGUAAUGGUACCUUGGCACUACUACAACAGUCUGGUCAUUGUAAGGUGGGCUGGAAAGAAAGAGCAUUCACUCUCACCUUUACAAAAAUCACUGAAAACAUUCAGCUAAGCAGAGUGAAAAAGGGGAAAUAAAGGCAAUGUAAUGACAGUAUUCUCAUGCUAAGGGUUGUUCUCAUUUCUGUAGUAGUGCAGUAGGUAUUUUCCUUGAUUAGGUAAUACAGCAGAACGUACUUAGGUCAGUUUUCUCAAAUUAUUUGCCAUUGAUUUAAAUUACUGAUACAAACAGCCUGUAACAUUUUUUUAAAUGAAACUAACUUUCCAGAUUAGUCUACAGUUUCAAAGUUUGCAAACUAAUUUUUGAAUUGCAAACUAUAUUCUUAAUUCUUUGUAAGAUAUAAUGGAUCCUUUAUCUAAGAAUUUUGCUAAUCAAGGUAAUGCUUCUCAAUAUGAUUAGUAACUUUUUAAACAAAUCUUAAGUGCAUGUAAGUAUGUUGUAUUUAUAAGUGCUAGGGAAAAUGCUUUUUUUGUGCCAAAGAAGUUUCAUAAAUUGUUUACAUGAUAGUUGCAAUACAAGACAGAUUUUCAAUUGCUUACUCUCAGAUGUUUACAGUACGUCACUACACUGUAUGGUUUUAGUUGGUUUGCCUCUUGUAAUGGUACCUUGGCACUACCACAAUAAUCUUCUCGUUGUAGGGUGGGCUUGAAAGAAAAAGAAUUCACUCUCACCUUUACUAAAACCACUGACAGCAUGAGCCUCACGCUUAGAGAGGCUGAAGUCUCUGUAACUUGAGGCACUGCUGGAUUUUGAUGCGUGUGGUUCAAGAUGUAUCUGCUGAGCUCCAGCCCAUGGUGCUGGAGGUUACUGUGUCCAUGGAGAAAACAAGGGUGGAGGCCAUUCCUACAGGAAGUUUUACAGCGGCUUAGCAAAAUCCUACAGGCCUUAUUUUUUUUAAUCCCUCAUGAAACCAUUCAAUUAAUUUCUCUGUAACGAACUCAAGAGUAUCACAUCCUUUCACACGCUGUCAGAAUGUCCAUUCCUUCUUGUAACUGUUUUUGGUUGUUACACUUAAGUACCUGUUCUCUCCUGGUAGUUGAGUAACAUUAAAUACUGAUUUAUAAGUUAAAGAGUGCAUGUCUACUGUGAAUACAAGGGAAUCCAGAUUCCAAAGUUAACAUCCUCCAUCGAGGUGUAGUGAUUUAAUCAGUCUUGUUUGCUGUUAAAUGCUUCUCCCACUUCAUCAGUGUUUUGGAGGGGACUAUGAUCAUGAUCUUCAGUCAUGUUAGCUGAUGGCUCUUUUCUUGGAGCUACUGGUGUGAAAUUCACGUGUCAUUUAACUGAAGUCUUUUAUGUAGUCUGACACUGCUGUGAGUUUCUGGGUGUCAUUUUGUGCAUGGGAAAUCAGCUGUGUGUCUUUCUCAGUUUUAAACAUUAAUCAUUUUUCAGAAAAAAAAAAAAAAACCCACACUGAAAAAAUGCCCAAACUGUAUGUUUUGUUGCCUUGACGUUCCAUGAAUGUUGCAUGUAAAUUAAACAUUUUGUAUCAUCGUU